AUGGAAACUGAUCAUAAAAAAGUUAACUUUUCAUUAAAAUCAAUAGACUGUUUCCCUUCUUCCCUUAAUAGAACAACGACCCCACAGCCACCCAACACGCAUCCACAAUACCCUACCACCCUUCCUCCCAUUCUUCGAAGGGUGCCUGAGCUGCCCUCUUCCUUGCUCACACCCCAGGAGAGGCUCAAGAAGCAAACCUGGGCUCAAAUAAAGAAGCCCAGCGAAGGCCUCCUGCACUUGUGCGGAGAGGAAGCUCAGUCAACUCUGCCGAGAGGGGAAGCGGCGGCAGGGGAAUGGCACAGGAGCUCCGGUGACAAGGCCGCCUUCACGGCCGCCACUCCUACCCCACCGCUGGGUGGCGUGGGUGAGGGCUCCCUCUUUGCCCUUCCCUCAAGAAAUCGCGUCGUUUUUUCCGGGUCUCCGCGCCCGACAAUUUUUCUGAUCUCUAGGGAGCAGGUGACAGCCGCCGACCACUCGCGGCUCCUGGGCCUUGGCUCUGGUACUCGCCACCGCCCAACUCCCUUUCCCCCCAAUCUGGAUUUUUUUUUCCUCUUCUUUUUCCCAAACCUCCAAACAGGAAAUAGCUUGAGUCACAAUAAUACACAGGAGCGGCCGCGGAGGCCAUUCGUGCACGCCCAUUCCCGGGGCAGCCUCCUGUACUCCCGCUCUGCCAAGCGCUGCCAGCUACCCGCGCGGGCAGCGCAGGGGACACAAGCGCAGCCGCUGGCGCCGAGUCACAAGCACCGGCAAGCGCCUCCUUAGCCCUGCGCGGGACUCCGCCGCCGGCUACCUACUCCACCCUUCUCCAGGGUGCGGAAUACCACGUUGUUAUCCUCUCCCUGUGAGUGGGACUGGCACGUGGGCUCCAGCUCAAGACGCAAGUAUUCUACGAAGCACAGACUCCUGCUGGCCAGCAGCCUGCUUUCCCAG